AUGGCAACAACCUUCUUGGAUAAAUGUAAUGCACUAUGACGUACUCCUCCAAAAAUACAGUCACCGUGCAUCGGCUACAUGCUGGUGGACUGCCAGCUGCCGAUCUCGCUGUUGACAAUAAAAGCAGAUAUGCUUCUUGCUCACUGCCAUUAGCAAUGACCAUGACCCUUCACACCAAAACCUCUGGCGUUACCCUGCUGCACCAGAUCCAAGGCACGGAGCUGGAGACACUGGGCAGACCUCAGCUGAAGAUCCCUCUGGAAAGAUCGCUCAGCGACAUGUACGUGGAGAGCAACAAGACAGGGGUUUUCAACUACCCAGAAGGGGCCGCUUACGAUUUUGCUACCACUGCUCCCGUGUACAGCUCUACUACUCUCAGUUAUGCCCCUACUUCUGAGUCCUUUGGGUCCAGCAGUUUGGCAGGAUUUCACUCACUGAACAAUGUCCCACCAAGCCCUGUGGUAUUCUUGCAGACGGCACCCCAGCUCUCACCCUUCAUCCAUCACCACGGCCAACAGGUACCCUAUUACCUUGAGAACGAACAGGGCAGCUUUGGAAUGAGGGAAGCUGCUCCCCCAGCCUUCUACAGGCCAAGCUCUGACAAUAGGCGCCACAAUAUCCGGGAGAGGAUGUCCAGCACCAACGAGAAAGGGACCCUGUCCAUGGAGUCCACCAAGGAGACGCGGUACUGUGCUGUGUGCAAUGACUAUGCCUCAGGCUACCAUUAUGGGGUCUGGUCCUGUGAGGGCUGCAAAGCCUUUUUCAAAAGAAGCAUUCAAGGGCACAAUGACUAUAUGUGUCCAGCUACUAACCAGUGCACCAUUGACAAGAACAGAAGAAAGAGUUGCCAAGCCUGCCGACUACGAAAAUGCUAUGAAGUGGGAAUGAUGAAAGGUGGAAUCCGUAAAGACCGCAGAGGUGGGCGAAUGAUGAAACAAAAACGUCAACGAGAGGAACAGGAUUCCAGGAAUGGAGAGGCUUCUUCUACGGAGCUGAGAGCUCCCACCCUUUGGACAAGUCCACUUGUGAUUAAACAUAACAAGAAGAACAGUCCGGCCCUGUCCCUGACAGCAGAACAGAUGGUCAGUGCCUUGCUGGAAGCUGAGCCACCCAUAGUUUAUUCUGAGUAUGACCCUAAUAGACCUUUCAACGAAGCCUCUAUGAUGACCCUGUUGACCAACCUUGCAGACAGAGAAUUAGUGCACAUGAUCAACUGGGCAAAGAGAGUUCCAGGAUUCGUGGAUUUAACACUCCAUGAUCAGGUCCAUCUACUGGAAUGUGCCUGGUUAGAGAUACUGAUGAUUGGCUUAGUCUGGCGCUCCAUGGAACACCCGGGAAAGCUUUUAUUUGCACCUAACCUAUUACUGGACAGGAAUCAAGGGAAGUGUGUAGAGGGCAUGGUGGAAAUCUUUGACAUGCUGCUGGCUACUGCUGCUCGGUUCCGCAUGAUGAAUCUUCAGGGAGAGGAAUUUGUGUGCCUUAAGUCCAUCAUCCUGCUCAAUUCUGGUGUGUACACUUUUCUUUCCAGCACCUUGAAAUCUCUGGAAGAGAGAGACUAUAUUCACCGCGUUCUGGACAAAGUCACAGAUACUCUGAUACACUUAAUGGCUAAGUCGGGUCUUUCUCUGCAGCAGCAACACAGACGACUAGCUCAGCUCCUGCUCAUCCUCUCGCACAUCAGGCACAUGAGCAACAAAGGAAUGGAGCACCUGUACAAUAUGAAGUGCAAAAAUGUAGUUCCUCUCUAUGAUCUUCUGCUGGAGAUGCUGGACGCUCACCGACUGCAUGCCCCAGCAGCCAGGAGUGCUGCACCGAUGGAAGAGGAGAACCGUAGCCAGCUGACAACUGCAUCGGCUUCAUCGCAUUCCUUGCAGUCUUUUUAUAUGAGCAACAGAGAAGAGGAGAAUAUGCAGAAUACAAUAUAAAAAGAAACAGCUUAUAAUGGUAUGAGAAACCCAGCAGCAUACUACCUAGUUCAUGCUUCAUUUCAGCUAUAAUGCCACCUAUGUAAACACUCCAGUGACAUCAGUCACCUGUAUUUUCCAUUUGAGUGUUUGUCAAGCGCUUGCCUAAAUUGAUUGUUCUUCCUAAAUGGAAGACAUGUUGUUGCUACGGACAGCCAGCAAGGAUUGGAUUGUCAGGCUAACUUAAAUUGAAAUUUGCAGUGUUUUUAUUUACUUUUGCAUGUAAGUUGGGUAUCUGAAUAUAAACGUU